GGCUCAGUCCCCGCCCUUGGCUUGCGUCACUUCCGGUGGUGCAGCAGCCAUUUUGUCAGUCGCCAGCGGAUCCCGCGCGCUAGGGAAGUGCAGUUCCCCCUGGUUACCAACUCGUCCCCUUUUCCUUCGGACUAAGGGAGCCGUCGAAGAGUGCUCGCCAAAGGCGGAACCGUUUCUCCCUACUGUGCCGCCGCUCCUGCUGCAGCCGCCCGUAGGUAGUGGGCCGUUUUUCUCACCUGUCCCUGACAGGCGCCCUCAGGGAGCCGCGGUCCGCGAUGUCAAGCGAGGAGAGCUACCGGGCCAUCCUACGUUACCUGACGAACGAGCGCGAGCCGUACGCGCCGGGCACCGAAGGCAAUGUCAAGCGUAAAAUCCGAAAAGCUGCCGCCUGCUACGUGGUGCGCGGCGGGACUCUGUAUUACCAGCGGCGGCAGCGACACCGCAAGACCUUUGCGGAGCUGGAGGUGGUGCUGCAGCCGGAGCGACGCCGGGACCUCAUCGAAGCGGCGCACCUGGGUCCCGGCGGCACUCACCACACCCGGCAUCAGACCUGGCACUACCUGUCCAAGACGUACUGGUGGCGAGGUAUAUUGAAGCAAGUCAAAGAUUACAUUAAGCAGUGUAGCAAAUGCCAGGAGAAACUAGAUCGAUCCCGUCCAAUAUCAGAUGUUUCAGAAAUGUUGGAAGAAUUGGGACUAGACCUUGAAUCUGGAGAAGAAAGUAAUGAAUCAGAAGAUGACCUGAGCAACUUUACUUCAUCUCCAACUACAGCCUCCAGGCCUGCAAAAAAGAAGCCAGUAUCCAAACAUGAACUUGUGUUUGUUGACACCAAAGGAGUGGUAAAACGUUCUUCUCCAAAACAUUGUCAGGCUGUCUUAAAACAGCUGAACGAACAGAGACUUUCCAACCAGUUCUGUGAUGUUACUUUGUUAAUUGAAGGAGAAGAGUACAAAGCGCAUAAAUCUGUCUUGUCAGCAAAUAGCGAGUAUUUUCGAGAUCUUUUUAUUGAGAAAGGAGCUGUUUCCAGUCAUGAGGCUGUAGUGGAUCUUUCUGGUUUUUGUAAGGCCAGCUUCCUUCCUUUACUGGAAUUUGCCUAUACUUCUGUACUAAGUUUUGACUUCUGUAGCAUGGCUGAUGUAGCCAUCUUAGCUCGUCAUCUUUUCAUGUCAGAAGUCUUAGAGAUUUGUGAAAGUGUACAUAAGCUAAUGGAAGAGAAGCAGCUAACAGUAUAUAAGAAGGGUGAAGUACAAACAGUUGCAUCCACCCAGGACUUACCAGUACAGAAUGGAGGUACAGCACCUCCUGUGGCUAGCAAUGAGGGAACCACAACAACUUUAUCUACUGAACUUGGGGAUUGUGAAAUUGUACUGCUGGUAAAUGGAGAAUUGCCAGAAGCUGAGCAGAAUGGAGAGUUAGGACGACAGCCUGAGCCCCAGGUUUCUUCAGAGACUGAAGCUGCCCUGUCAUCUGUAGGAUGUAUAGCUGAUUCCCAUCCUGAAAUGAAGUCUGUUGAUUUAAUAACAAAAAACAACCAGACAAAACUGGAAACUUCAAGCAACAGAGAAAAUAACACAGUUUCUAAUAUACACCCUAAACUUUCAAAAGAGAAUGUAAUUAGUAGUUCACCAGAGGAUAGUGGUGUGGGAUAUGAUAUAUCAGCUGAGGAUAUCUGUGCCGAAGACAUUCCAAAACGUAGGCAGAAUGUUGACCAACCUUUAAAAGAUCAGGAAAAUGUAGUGGCAUCAACAGCAAAGACAGACUUUGGCCCUGAUGAUGAUACUUACAGAAGCAGGCUUCGACAACGUUCUGUUAAUGAAGGGGCAUAUAUUCGACUACACAAGGGAAUGGAGAAAAAGCUGCAGAAACGGAAAGCCAUUCCCAAGUCAGCAGUUCAACAGGUGGCUCAGAAGUUAGUUCAAAGAGGAAAGAAGAUGAAACAGCCAAAAAGAGAUGCUAAAGAGAACACUGAAGAAGCAUCUCAUAAAUGUGGAGAAUGUGGAAUGGUUUUUCAGAGACGAUACGCCCUUAUAAUGCACAAACUGAAACAUGAAAGAGCUAGAGAUUACAAAUGUCCGUUGUGUAAAAAACAGUUUCAAUACAGUGCCUCUUUGCGAGCACAUCUUAUUCGUCAUACCAGAAAAGAUGCACCCUCUUCAUCCUCGUCCAACUCCGCAUCUAAUGAAGCGUCAGGAACGUCAUCUGAGAAGGGCAGAACCAAGCGGGAAUUUAUAUGUUCCAUAUGUGGAAGAACAUUACCUAAAUUAUAUUCUCUCCGAAUACAUAUGUUGAAGCACACAGGUGUAAAGCCACAUGCAUGCCAGGUCUGUGGAAAGACUUUUAUCUAUAAGCAUGGUCUAAAAUUACAUCAGAGUCUUCAUCAAUCCCAAAAGCAGUUCCAGUGUGAACUAUGUGUUAAGUCUUUUGUUACCAAACGGAGUCUUCAAGAACAUAUGAGUAUUCACACAGGAGAGUCCAAGUACCUUUGCUCAGUUUGUGGAAAGUCUUUUCAUAGGGGCUCUGGACUCAGCAAGCACUUCAAGAAACACCAACCAAAGCCUGAGGUUCGAGGCUAUCAUUGUACUCAAUGUGAAAAAAGUUUCUUUGAAGCUAGAGAUCUUCGCCAGCACAUGAACAAACAUCUUGGUGUGAAGCCAUUCCAGUGCCAAUUUUGUGAUAAGUGCUAUAGUUGGAAGAAGGAUUGGUAUUCCCAUGUGAAGUCUCAUUCUGUCACUGAGCCUUAUAGGUGUAAUAUAUGUGGCAAAGAAUUUUAUGAAAAAGCUUUGUUCAGAAGGCAUGUAAAGAAAGCUACCCAUGGGAAAAAAGGAAGAGCAAAGCAAAACCUGGAACGGGUGUGUGAAAAAUGUGGAAGAAAAUUCACUCAGCUAAGAGAGUAUAGGAGACACAUGAACAACCAUGAAGGAGUUAAGCCAUUUGAGUGCUUAACAUGUGGAGUAGCUUGGGCUGAUGCCCGAUCUCUAAAACGCCACGUCAGAACACAUACUGGUGAACGGCCCUAUGUCUGUCCUGUAUGUAGCGAAGCCUACAUAGAUGCUCGAACACUCCGUAAACAUAUGACAAAAUUCCACAGAGACUAUGUGCCUUGCAAAAUUAUGCUGGAAAAAGACACCCUUCAGUUUCAUAACCAAGGAACUCAAGUGGCACAUGCUGUUAGCAUCUUAACAGCAGACAUGCAGGAGCAAGAAAGCAGUGGUCCUCAAGAACUUGAGACUGUGGUAGUGACGGGAGAAACUAUGGAAGCUCUGGAAGCUGUUGCAGCUACUGAAGAGUAUCCAUCGGUAUCUACACUUUCUGACCAAAGUAUUAUGCAAGUGGUUAAUUAUGUAUUGGCACAACAGCAAGGACAGAAGCUAUCUGAAGUUGCAGAAGCUAUUCAAACUGUUAAAGUAGAGGUAGCACAUAUUUCAGAAGGAGAAUGAGUAUGUUAAUGAAGAUAAAAAGAAGUGACAUCUCUUGUACACUGAACUCACAGAACAUUUGUUUACAAUUCUGUGUGACUGACUGCUUGGAGUUUACAUAUCAAAGCUCUGGGCUGUUUGGUAACAUAACAUUUCCAAACAUUUUGCCUGGCCAAUGGGUUCUAUAGAAAAGUCCAUUUAGUGUAAAGAAAUUGAAAACAAAUCUAUUAGGUUGGUGCAGUUACUUUUGCACCAACCUAAUAUUUGAUGGCAGUGGUUUAUCAUGAUAUACCUUUUAUGAAUUAAUGUUUAUAAAUGACUGUACUGAAUUUAAAACUGUACAGUUUCAUUUGCAUUUUGACAUUACUUUAUUAUACAUUUUGCAUUUAAAAGACUGCACCAGUUGGCUUUUCUUCUGUUUUAUUCUCAAAAUAUAGAGAUUCUGUGAUUUAUUUGCCCUGUUUAUGGAUUAAAAAAAAUUCUAAUAUAAAGCAUUUCAAUAGGAUGCAUAGGUAUAUUACGUUUUUUAAAUGCUUUAGAUCUGUGAUUCUUGACUUACUAUUUAUUUUAUCCCCUUUUAAGUCAGGGAUUCUUUAUUCUGUUUUAAAGCACUUAAUGAGUUACAUGUUGUAAUCAAGUUUGCACAAUAUAUUUAUAUGAGGAACCCAUAAAUGAAUAGCUAAUUUUAAAAAUGCCAUUAAAAUGCAUGAAAUGCUUAUUAAAACCUUACUAUACUAUUUCUUCAAGGCAAGCAAAUUGACCAUGAAAAAAGAACAGAGUUAUUUAACACUGUUGAUGGGAAAAUUCUCCUUGAUAACAUAUGACAAUUAAUGGAAAAAAAAUUCUCAUUAUUUGUAAAGAACGAACAAGUUAAUGAACAAACAAGCUAGGUUUGGUAUGUUUUCAGCUUUUGUUAUCAUGUUUAAUUGUUUAAUUUGGUUGAAAAACUGCAGUUGAGAAAUCGGAUAGCAAUAUAGAUAUUCACAGCGUCUCUGUGGAUACCAUGUAAUUGUCAGGUAAUUUCAAAACAUUGAAAAUUAUUCAGUGCAGCCCUCAUAGUAUAAUACUUGAAGAAAUUGAUUACAGUUCCACCAAAUUGUUGAAGAUAAAUUAUUUUUAAAGGUUAUGAAAACUGAGUUAUAUUAAUUCAUUUGUUUGAUUUUUAAAUCCCACCUCCUCAAGCUAUCCAAUUUUCUGAUUUUGAAAAUAACCAUGAGAGAUGCCACAUUUCUCUCUGGGAAACUACCACUCAAAGUAUAAUUGUUAAAAAUUAAGCUUUUAGGUAUUAGAAGCUGUUAUAAAGUACAAAAUUAAGAUAUAAGCAGAUCACAUGUAAAUCAUUCCUAAAGCACAAGAAAAGAAUGUGCCUUGAUGUACAUAUAUUAUUAAGAUGCCUCUCCCAGUUUACUUUAAAAAUGGCUUUAAGGAUAAAGAAUAAAUGUGAUAGCUAUGCAUGCAUUAUAUAUUUGCAUUUGCAAAUUUCCCAUUGUUUUAACAGCUGUGUGGCUGACUUUCAGUUUUAAGAAGUGAAUUGACAUACAGCCCAUAACUUUAUAAUGGCUGCUCAUUUAUCUUAUCUUUCAGUUAGUGAAAAAGCAUUUCAACCUGACUAAAAUUUGGAAUUGUGUCUUUUAUGUUCCAUCCUCUGUUGUUACUAGAUUUAGUUUAAAAAUGGUAUAUGACCAUUAAUGUAUGUCAUAAACAUGUAAAUAAAAGAUGUUGAAUCUUGUUUAAAAGCAUG